UAAAAUAAAAAAUAUAAAAAGAAAUGACUUUAAUUCUUGUCAAGGUAAAAUGCUUCGUUCAGCACAGCAACAGAAAUUGAUCAAGGUUGCACUGAUAUUUUUUAUCCUCUCUGUUCUAUACUUUUGCCUAAAAAUCAAAACAAAAGUACCAGUAUUGGACACUCUUAUACCAGAAUCAGAUCUUCAACAAUUACCAGAAUCAGAUCUUCAACAAUUACCAGAAUCAAAUCAACAACAUAUUCCCAAAAACAAUUCAGUUCAGAAAUUAGUAGUCAAUGAAAUACGAGGAGAAGAUUUACCCGAAAUAAAACCUUUCGCCUGUGUUAGAAGUGGGCCCUUCCCUCCUAACGACUUGACCUUGAUGAUGUGCAUUAAAGAGCUAAAAGUAGACGAGUUUAUCUCCAAGCCGAUAUUUGAGACAGGUGUGUUUGAGAGACCAGAGGUUGAGCUGAUUCUGAAACUGAUAAAAAACUACCCUGAUGGAACCUUGUUAGAUAUUGGAUCUAAUAUUGGAGUAUUUAGCGUAACUGCUGCAGCAACGAACUACAGGGUUGUUUCAGUUGAUCCUUUCAAAACAAACCUAGCAUACACAAGAAUGAGUACAGUACUGCAGGGUACACAGGACAAUGUUCGGUACAUUGCUAACACAGUCAGUGAUAAGAAAUAUACUCUGUAUCCUUGGUAUCGAUAUCCAAAUAACGAAGGUGGAAUAACUUUCUUAACAGAAGAAGAAACGAAAAAUAAACCAAACCUGAAUAUUGGAGAAGGUGUUGAAUCUGUAAAGUUUGUGGAUCUACUAGAUGCUGUUCAUACUCAAACUGUCGUUGUUAAAAUAGAUAUUGAAGGACACGAAUGCAGGACGUUUAUACAGUAUUUGAACGAACCCAAAAAGACGAAGAAGUUUGUUCCUUACAUAUUAAUGGAAUGGGUUCAUAUCACUCACAAUAGAGACAAUAUGUGUCCUAAUAUACAAAUACUCAUUCAGGGAUUUCUUGACGGUGGAUAUUUCCCAGUAGAUCUUGAUUCACUUAAACGUCUCAGGAUAGAAAAUGAAAAGUCUUGGUACAAUGUACUCUGGGUUCAUCAGGACGCAAUUCUAUGAUUUCUGGAUUAGCUAGUAUAGUUCCCUGUAUCCCUGUAUCCCUGUAUCUAGACAUAGUUCUAUGGUCCUGGUUUAGCUCUCAUAGAUCCCUUUAUCACUGUAUCAAGACAUAGUUAUAUGGUUCCUGGUUUAGCUCCCAUAGAUCCCUUUAUCACUGUAUCAAGACAUAGUUAAAUGGUCCUGGUUUAGCUCCCAUAGAUCCCUUUAUCCCUGUAUCAAGACAUAGUUAUAUGGUCCUGGUUUAGCUCCCAUAGAUCCCUUUAUCCCUGUAUCAAGACAUAGUUAUAUGGUCCUGGUUUAGCUCCCAUAGAUCCCUUUAUCCCUGUAUCAAGACAUAGUUAUAUGUUUCCUGGUUUAGCUCCCAUAGAUCCCUUUAUCACUGUAUCAAGACAUAGUUAAAUGGUUCCAGGUUUAGCUUCCAUAGAUCCCUGUAUCUCUGUAUGAAUACAUAUUUUUAUGAUUCUCUGUAUCAAGACAUAGUUCUAUGAUUCCUGGUUUAGUCACCAUAGUUCCCAGUAUCCCUUUCCAUAGUUUCCUGCAUACCUGUAUCCCUGAGGUGAGGGAACAGGCAAACCACACCAUUUUUUCGUCCGCACCACAAAUGAAGUCACAAUUUACCAUUAUUUUUUCUGACCACACCUUUUUCCAAAUGUAUUUUUUAUGUCCUAUAACACAUUUUCAAAUUUAGACAACGUCAUGUUAUUCGAUAGGAUUUGAUUUUGUUCAAAAUGCAUUUUGCUUGAAAAAUAAAACGAUAUAUAGCUUAAUUUAGCACAAAACAAAAAAUACAUAUUUUUCUGUUAUUUUCUUAUUUUCCUCCUAAACUGCAAUUUUUAGGUGAUAGUCGCUGGGAUUUUUAGAAUCUACAAAUAGAAUCAACAAAUUUUUGGUAAGGAGCAUAGCAAGUGGGUUUGAUAAUGUCCAUGAAUUGUUUUAUGCCUAUUGUACCUUCAUAAGAUGUGUUUAAAAAAAAUAUAUUUUAAACCAUUAUAAACAACAUUGCGUGGCUUAAAAUACGAAUGAAUUAAAGUAAAGUUCUUUAAGAAAGAGUGUAAGGAAUGCCGGACGAAAAAAGGUAUGAUCGGACGAAAUAAUGGUAAAUUGUGACGUCAUAUGUGGUUGGGAAAAAAGGUGUGGUGUGCCUUCCCUCCCUCCUCUGAGUCUGUGAUUUAUUGUUCAAUGUUUAACUAUAUAUAACGUACCCGUUUGCAAAUGUAAAAUAUUAUGAU